AUGGUCAGAUCAACUCAGAUUGCCAGGCUGGAUGGCCUCAUGUUGGCAGCUUCUGUGGAUGAUGAGCAGGCCGAAAAUGAGUUGGCGCAAGUCAAGUCUCAAUCAAAGAUGAUCUUCAGGCGCCUCAGUCGCAACGCUGCACCGGAAGCCAGUAUUGAGUCUGGACAAUAUACACUCCACUACAUCAUCAAAGAUGACGUUUGCUUCCUCUGUAUCUGCGACAAAUCAUAUCCCCGCAAACUCGCGUUUACAUAUCUCGCUGAUAUAGCCACCGAAUUCACAACCACGUACUCUUCACAGCAAUACAAUUCCCCCAAUCUGCGACCAUACGCCUUUGUCGAGUUUGAUACCUUCAUCCAGCGAACCAAGGGAACAUACCAGAAUAGUCGCGCAGCUGCAAAUCUUGAUAAACUCAACGACGAGCUUCGUGAUGUAACCAAGGUCAUGACGAAGAAUAUUGAAGAUUUGUUGUAUCGAGGUGAUAGUCUUGAGCGCAUGGGUGAAAUGUCGGGGAGGUUAAGAGAGGAUAGUAUGAAAUAUCGCAAAGCCGCUGUGUAUAUUAAUUGGCAGCUUUUGGCGAAGCAGUAUGGCCCGUUUGCCGGAGUCGGAUUCAUCAUGCUCAUUUUCAUCUGGUGGCGAUUCUUUUGA